AAUGCCAAACCUAAAAAAACGAGCGAAAAUCGGUUCAUGUAUGUAAGCAAUAUACACUUAUUAUAUUUGGGAAUCAGUGACAAUUAUAGCCGAAUAAAAAACGUAUAGAGUUUAUUCGUUUGAAAAUAUAUAGUUUUUAGAAUCAUGCCUCCUCAAACUCGGCGAUGUAAAACUACGAAAGACGUCAAAGAAAACAUUGAUGUCAUUUCACAAAUUAAGAAUAAAAACUUCGGCAAGGCGUCAAAACAACGAAAAGCCUUAGCAGAUAAAACUAAUUCGGCAUCAGACGACAAUUUGUCCACGGAAUUCACCAAGGAAGUAAAGCUUGUGACUGACAAGGGUAAAGAAACAAUAUUAGACGUACAAACUAGAACACUGCGUGGGAGGAAAAACCUCGGUAAGGGUUCAAAACCACGAAAAGCCUUAUCAGAUAGUACUUAUUCGGCAUCAGGUAAUAAUUUGUCCACCGAAGUGAGUAAUAAAAUAAAAGUUGUGAUUGAAAAGGGUAAGGAAGCAAUAUCUGAAGUACAAGCUAGACCACGUCGUGAAAGGAAACUUCCUAAUAGAUACAACGAAAGUAAAGUACUUAUAAAUUUGUCAAGUUUAGAUAAAACUGAUCAACAUGAUUCAAGUAAAGAUUCAGAGAAAAUUGCUUCACCUUUUGUGUCACCAUUUAAAACACCGCAGAGGCAUAUCAAUAAUAGUUUAAUUACCAACCGUCCUAAGAGAAUUUGCCGUUUGCCAUCAAAGUUUAGUGAUCACUCUGUUAGUCCAAAUAAAUUUAUUCCUGUUGGCUGUAAUGCCAGUACUCCUAUUAUUCAAAAUAAAAUGUUAAAUGUUGAAAUGGAUGUAGUUGCAACUAAUACAUUAACUGGUAAAGCAAUAACCCAAAAGGUCACAAACCAAAACAAGAUAAAUUUGAAGAAAAAUAUAAAGAAGAAAAAAUCAGAAAUAUCUACACAUAACAUUAGUCCAGAUACCAAUAAUAACGCGAAAAAAAGACAGCUUAGAGAGAAGAAGGUAGUAAAUAAAAAUGAGGUUCCAUUUUCAUCUCAAAAAGAAGUAUCUACAGAUAAAAAAGCUACAGGAAAAAGGUUACUCCAGAAUAAUUACUCAUUCAAAGUUCUUGAAGACAAAACUAAACCUACUAAAAGAGAUAAUAGUCAUCUUGAUGUUUACGAGUUCACUUAUGAUCCAAAUGAAGAACCACCUCCUCAAAAGAAAAAACGAAAACGGACAGUUAAAAAGAAACAAAUUAAACCUAAAAUAGUGACAUUUAAAAAUAAUUAUGAUUACAAUGUUUCAAAAGCUUUGGUAGCUUUGAAGAAUGCUGUAAAGAAACCUAUUGACUCUCAAAUUGAUAAGCCACUAGUAGUUGAAAAUAAAAAUGAUCAACAACAAACUGUUUCCACAGCAAACAUAUUAUUAACACCUGCUAUCACAACUACAUCUUCAGCUUUUAAGGUACCUACUGAAAUUUUUGUACCCGAGGAUACUCCUCAAAAACCUGUAAAUAAUACAAGGGUGGAGGAUGUUGCAGCAGAUUUUGGGCCUCAUAUGGAACACAAUGACAUUAAUUAUUCUCCAGUAACUUCACCAAACCAUGGAAAAUCUUCUGCACUAAAUGAUGACACUCUUCAACAGAGUAUGAAUCAUGACCCAUUAAAUCUACAAGAUAACUUAAGUUUCUUUGAUGACAUACCUGUUGCUAGCAGUAGUAUGAACACAUCUGUAAGGAGGCCUCAUGCCAGUCCCUGGAGGGUAGAAUUCCAACAACUCCCAAUAAAGUGGCAAGUUAACACAUGCAUAAAACCUAAUAUGACACCAGCAGUAGAGAGCUCUUUUAUUAAUUUUAAUAGUUCAAACAAAAAGAAACAUGUAUACACAAACUUAGUACCUGAAUCAGAUGAGGUAUUGCCAGAGAUUGUUAGUAAGGACAAACCUAAUUUAACACAAACUAGUAUAAUAUCAUAUAUUAAGGAAGUUGUGGAAAAAAGUGCUAGUAAGAAACAGAGGGCAUUAUCGGUGACACCUACAAAAGCAAACUCUGUCUUUGAAGAUUUUUCUCCAAUGUCUACAGCAACAAACAGAGAUAUGUAUAACACACCCAAUAAAACUCCUAGUAGAGAAGCCUCCAAUAAAACUCCUAGUAACCAAGCUUCUAAUAAUAAUGGGACUCAAAACAAAAUUCAAGAAAAUGUAGUAAAUACAGAUAAGGAAAAUUCAAAAGAUAGCACGAAGAGUAAAAGGAAAACCCAAACACCAAAUUCAGCACACAAACAUAAAGAUGGAACCUUCUUUGGGUUUGAUGACAGUGAGGAUCAGGAGAAUGUUUCACCUGUUAAAAUUGACAAUCCUAGGGUAAGAGCUUUGAGACCUCGUGCUAGAGCAGUUUUACAAGAGAUUAAUGCAGAAUCAGGGCCAACAAGGGCUAAGAUACCAAUUGCUGCGAAAACAAAUAUUGUUGCAAGUUCAGAUGCCGUUAAUAAAAUAUAUGAAGGCAUUAAGUCUGCUACAGAUGCACCAGUGUUUCCUAAGAACAAUAUUAAAAAUGAUAACACAAAUGUUAACAUUGAUAAUCAACCUAGUCUCCAAGACGAAGACUCUCAAUCUGUCCAUUUAUUUGAAGAUAUUGAACUAAUUCAUCAUUUGAAGCCUUUACGAAAAAGCUAUGGCAAGGCCAAAAAAGUAGCUUUUCAACAGACAGUAGCAUCAGACAGUGACAGUCAGAGUCUUGAUGCUCCACCUCGAGUAGAUGAUGGUGAAUCAAGUGAGGAAGAUGAUUUGGCAGACCUUACAUUCACUAUGCCAAAUGUGGUUAAGAAAAAUGAUACUAAGAAAAAGACUACCAAGAAAAAGAAGCAAUUAUCUAAGAAAGAGAAAGCAGCAAUGGAAGCCUGGGCUGCGCAGUUCAAUUCGAUGUGUGAAGAUGUUGAGGAGUUUCCUUUAGUUGUAGAAUAGUUUUGUAUAUUUACAAAAAUUGUGAUGAAUAUUCGUUAGUAUAGCAGUCGAGACCUGUUACUAACGAAAGGCCAAAUUUCUUCUAUUGAUUUUAAUCUUUAUUUUGUUG